AUGGCAUCGCACGUGGAAUCAUCAUUACGCACAACAAUGGAAUCGAGGAUGGAAAACCUAUCAGAAGAAGCCAAAAAGGCCGCAAUAGCCUGUGGUGAAGCAAUCAACUCUUUGAAAUACCGUCCAUUUGAAAAUUAUGAGAUUUGUGACGAUCCAGCGAACUUGGUCAAUGCUUCGGAGGACUUCUUGAAGAUUUUUGUACCGUCGAUCACGACAAGACCAUUCCCUUCUCGGGUCAACGCUCUACGAAUUACAAGCGGCUCCGCAAUAGUACCUGUAAAACCAGGGGCGAGCGUUGAACUUGUACCUGUGUUCAUCAUAUGUGGAACGGCCUCAAUCUUGGACACAAAGCUCAACUUGGGGGACUUUAUACAUUUGACAAAGGAUACUCCGGUGGAGCCAGCAUUCUGCUGCCUCUUGCUCUUGGCUCAGUGA